AUGGUUUUGAUGUGGUUGUGGAGGCCAAAAGUGAAGCCGACAAAGAGUCCCAUUCAGAAGAAAUAUUAUCGAUGCUGUUGUCCGUGUUUCUCGGGAGUGUGGUGUUUUCGCAUCUUCAAAUACCUUGAAUUCAUCAUAACCGCUCUUCUGGAGGCCUUACUGAUCACUUCCUGGGUGAAAGAGGCCAAUGCGAUGCUCGCCUUUCAAAAGGAUAUGCUAUUUGACUAUCUUUUCAUUUGGAGCAUCGUUCUCUUCUCCCAAUUUUUAUCGAUCAUUUCGAUUCACUCAUUGCGCCCGAUUUUUAUUCAAUUCUACAUGGUUUUAGCGAACUUUUUGCUCUCAGCUACAGUUGUCGGACUGUUGAUUGUUAUGUAUGGUGCAGGGAAAUUUCUGAUAUCAUCUGUGAACCCAUUCUAUGUAGUCUAUUUCCACGAUAAAACGACAGCAAUUGAAAUUUUUCUCGGUUCAUUCCUUGCUUUUCUGUAUUUGAUUUGGCAGAUGACGCUAACCUACACGUACUAUCGAUGGGUGAGAGAUCGCCGUCUUGAAAUCGAAGAAGAGGAGGAAAUCGCGAAAAAUCAAUCAAAUCUGACGAAUCGUCUCCUCACACCGACUUUCUCAAAAGGAUAUGACUAUGAUUUACGGUACUCUGUUCCA